GUUGGCACACGCUGCCACCAGAGAGGACAAGCAACUGUGGUUGACAUUGGGGGAGGCACAAGCCUGGCUUGAUUAUUUUUUAUAUCAUGCCUUUGAGGAGAAAAGUGCGACCAAGUUCUGCUUCAGGAAAGCUAGAAACUUCCACUCUGAGCAGCAUUCUGAAGGAGCUGAGAGCGUCCACAGCUACAACAGACCCUUUGUCUCGACGUGCUCAGACUUCCUUAGGAGGCCCCAGGUUGCCAGCUGCUUCUCCGGUUUCCCGCAGCAGCUUUUCAGGAGCUGCUCAGGAAGAGACAGCCCAUUUUCCAGAAUGGCUGAUGAAGGAGUUCAUAAAAGGGCAGCAGAGGAGCCACUCCAUAGGACUCAUGGAAAACAUACUGGAGAGUGAAAGAGUUCAUCAUGUCAGUCCAUCUAGAAGUCCGUGGAAAGGAAAGAUUGAACAGCAAAUAACUCUUGACCAGCUUCAGAAACUGCAUGCGGCCUUUCAGGAGUUAGAAAUGAAUGGAUGUAAGUACUUGGAUAUAGAAAACUUCAAGCAUAUAGUGAAGAAAUGCAUGGGGUCCCACAAUGUGAACGAUGAGCAAAUAGAAACACUUUUCAUGAAAAUAGACUAUCCUGCAAGUGGUAAGAUUCAGUGGAAUGAUUUCUGCACAUACCUCCACCUGGAAUAUACUGGGCAGGAUAUGUCAUGUGCCCAAUUGAAAGGAACCACUUUCUCACUUCCUGCCACAAUACAAGAGAUCCCACAUGGAGAACCUGUGGUUUGCAUUUGCUCACUGUCGAAUGGCACCUUAAUAACAGCCCGUGGAGAUGGAACUAUUUCCUUCUGGAGUCCACAGCUCAAACAAAAACGAAGCAAGAUGGUGUUUGAGAAAACCUCCAAAAAAUCUAAGUGGUUGAUGGAUUUCGCUAUUAUGACACCAUACAAUAAAUUAAUCUUGGGGACUGGGGAUCGUGAACUUCAGUUCUAUGAAAUCUCCAAUUUUGAACCCUACCUUCAAAUUAGUGGCUUAGAAGCGAUACCUUUGAAUGUGGAUUACUGCUAUACAAAUCCAGAUGAAUGUAUGAUUCUUUAUGGCGAUGAUCAGGGAUGUGUCAAUAUCUUGCUCUUGCAGUCUGUGGGUGAGCUCCUAAGGCAAAACAUGGAAUAA